GGAAGGCACGACAAUCUUCAUCUUCUACCUAUAUCAUCACCAUCAUGGCUCCCCGCCUGGCCCGCUCAAGUGUACAAGGCGCCGCUCCUCGCAAUGCGAAGAACAAAAGUCGCAAGCGCAAUCUCGACGCCUAUUCCACCGCGGCGCAUUCCGUCAAACCUGACAAAACCGUGCCGCGACAUCGUCUGGGCGAGAGCGUAGAGGGGGCGCCACGCCAGAAGCGCCGACGCACCGACGACGAUGAGGCUGACGCGAGCGAGGACGACAGUGCGCCACAGAGGAAGUUGCCACGACAGAACGGCAGAGGCAUUGCCGACGAAGACGAUGACGGUGUCGAGCAAGGCAGUGACAGUGAGGGCAAUGAGUGGACGUUGGGUGGGCUGAAGGAUGAUGACGAAGACAGUGAGUUGGACUCCGAUGAAGCGUUUGGGGAGAGUGAUGAGGAGAGGUUCGAGGGGUUCGCAUUUCGAGGGAGCAGUAGUGUGGGAAGGAAGAAGGUCGUGAGAAGGAGCAAGUCUCUAGCGUCUGAUGCUGCAGAUGGUGGGAUUGACCUGGACGAGGGCAGCGCCAGUAGUGAUGGCGAGGACGAGGACGACGAUUUUGGCGACGAAGGUGUUGAUCUCGCUACUAUGCUGGAUGAUGACCCCACUGCGGAAGACGCUGAGGAUGUAGAAGAAGAUGGAGAUGAGAGCGACGGCGCAAGCGAAGAGGACGAAGAAGACGCGCCGUCGGAGAUCGAUGACGAGGGCGAAGCCGACGGCGCGAACGAUGAAGAACGCUAUGCCCGCUUCCGUGACCGGAUCGAGGCAUUAGAUCCAACAAACAAAGAUGACGCGAAGCCAUUACAACCCGCAGAAUCCGGGAUAAUUACAAUGGAAGACUUGCUUGCCGACAUAGACGUCACCCAACGUAAGCAGAUCCUUGCAACCACCAAGCCCAAGCGCAAGUCCCAGCGUGCAGAGCGGCUCACGGCUCCCCUUCCAAAGCGGCAGCAGGAUCGAUUGCAUAGAGAAGCAGCUUCUGAGCAAGCCAAAGAACAACUCGACCGCUGGCGAGAUACAGUCAUUCACAACCGUCGCGCAGAGUUCCUGACCUUUCCGCUCGUGGAUCCGAGUAAGCAGCAGAAUGUGGGCAAGGACAAGUUCAUUGACGGGAAGCCACAAGGCGAGCUAGAAGAGAGUAUCCGCAGGAUAAUGGAAGAGAGUGGCAUGGUGGCCAGAGUUGACGAGAAAAAUCAUGAUGAAGAAGACGAGCUUAUGCGAGCUGAAGAGCUCGCUACUAACGACCUUCCUGUCGAGGAAGUGAUGCGCCGACGUGCAGAGCUGAGGAGGGCGAGGGAGUUAAUGUUUCGGCAGGAGGUGAAGGCGAAGAGGAUCGCGAAGAUUAAAAGUAAAGCUUAUCGCCGCGUUCACCGGAAAGAGCGGGAGCGAUUGGCGGAGAAGGAGAGAUUGCUGCUCCAUCCUGAUGGUGGGGUGGAUGACGAGGAAAGGGAUACGAACGACCGCCGCCGCGCACAGGAGCGCAUGAGUACCAAGCACCGCGACAGCAAGUUUGCGAAGUCGGUCAAAGCUACGAAUCGCACUGUUUGGGAUGAGGGCGCCAGGGGUGGGGUGAUGGAGGAGGCGAGGCGUAGGGAGGAGUUGAAGAGGCGGAUCGCAGGACGGGAGGAGGACGGCGAGGGGAGUGAUGUAUCUUCAGUCUCGGGUGAGGAUGAAGAGAAUGAUGAAAUGGAGAAGCAGCUUCAAAGACUUCAGGAGGGCAGGCAGGGUAUCGGUCAGAGGGGCGUGGGUGGGAUGAAGUUCAUGCGUGCUGCCGAAGAACGAAGGAGGAAAGCGAACGAGGAGGACGUGGAGAGGCUGAGGAAGGAGAUGGCAGUCGAAGACGGAGACGAGGAGGAGUCUGACGGAAAGGUGGGAGAAGAGGGCCUUGGACGGGCGAUCUUUGGACCCAAGGCGAAGAUCAGCCCGGCAGAGAGGCAGAAGGAGAAGAGUCGGGAGAUGGAGGAGGGUAAUAUGUCGGAUGAUGAGGAGAAGGUUGAGAUCGCUGUUGGCGCCGAUAUGGUUGGAGCGUCCCGCGAUGGAGCCGCGAAGCCACUGAAGGGCAUUUUAAGGAAAGGCGGCCAGAGUUCGGACAAGCGAGAGCCACAACGCGCGAGGUCUGUGUGGUUGAAGGAUCCAGCACCGGCGGAUGAGGCGCAGGACGAGCCUUUCGUUUCGGCAUGGCUGACGGAUCCUGCGGCGAAGAAGUCGAAGCGGCGGUCAAGGACUACUGACGAUGGCGAAGCUAUGAUUGAGCUGCUUCCUGCGAACGGGGUUGCUGCACUUGGGCCUCCACCUCAGAAGACAGCGAAGAAGGCUAGCAAAGAACAGAAGUCUGUGCCCACUGGGGAGAAGGAUGGCGAAGUACGUACCGACGGUACGGCCGCCGGAAACACCUCAGGCUGGCAGACCAUUGAACAGACCGGCGAUGACUCUGACGGCGAAGAAGGAGGAGAUGCGAAUCCCGCUCUCACCGCGGACGAACAGAAAGCUUUAUAUCACCGCCAAGCCUUCGCAGGCGACGAUGUACAUCUCGCCUUUGAGAGGGAGAAGGCAGAACUCGUUGCCGAUGAAGACGAGAAAGAGAUCUCGACACAUCUUCCUGGAUGGGGAAGCUGGACAGGCAUAGGUCUUUCCAAGGCCGUGAAGAAGGCCAACAAGCGGCAACUGCACAACCCGCUGUUCAAAACCAAGCUGCCCGGAGGCGUCAGGCCCGAGGAUAGAAAGGAUGCUAAGCUGCCAAACGCAAUCGUCAGCGAGAAGACGGAUCGAAAAGGGAAGAAAUAUUUCGCCCCCGUUUUGCCGCAUGGCUUUGAGCAGGGGGAGCAGUAUGAGCGCAGCUUAAGGGUGCCGUUGGGGCCUGAAUGGACGACCAAGGAGGUCUUUCAGAGGGGAACAAGGCCGAGGGUUGUUGUUAAGAGAGGUGUGGUUGUUGGGCCUAUGGAAAAGCCAAUGGUAUAGCAGCUUGGCUAAGACAUACAAGCAGUCCUCCUU